GGGCAGAAGCUCGGCUCUGCGCUGCAAGAGGCGCGGAGCGCACGGCUAGAAACCCGCCGAGCGCGCCGUUUUCAGUGAGAUCGGUGUUCCCAACAGGGGACUCUCUCGUGGAGCCGAGCCCGGCAAAUGGGCGCAUGAGGAAAAGAGAACAGGGAAAUGGACUGCUAUUUGCGUCGCCUCAAACAGGAGCUGAUGUCCAUGAAGGAGGUGGGUGAUGGUUUGCAGGACCAGAUGAACUGCAUGAUGGGUGCAUUACAAGAAUUGAAGCUCCUGCAGGUGCAGACGGCUUUGGAACAGCUGGAGAUCUCUGGAGGGGGUCCUGUCCCCAGCUGCCCUGAAAGCCCACAGACAAAGCCUGAGCACCCUUGCUGGGAGGGUGGCGGAUGUCCCUCCAGGCCUUCUACUGGCUCCCCCUCCAGCCAACCCUCUUUUGGCAGCAGUACCAAGUUUCUGUGCCAUAGGAGUGUCUGUGGGAGAGAUGUCAGCCCCCUGCCCAGGACACAGCUGCCAGAGCACCAAAGCUGUGCUCAGCAGGGGCCUGAGCAGGUGGACCCGGAUGACUGGACCUCCACACUGAUGUCACGGGGCAGGAAUCGGCAGCCUCUGGUGUUAGGGGAUAAUGUUUUUGCAGACCUAGUAGGCAACUGGCUAGACUUGCCAGAACUGGAGAAAGGUGGGGAAAAGAGUGAGACUGAGGCGACAGGCGAGCCCAAAGCAGAGAAAGGUCAGCCUCGGGAGCUGGGCCGCAAGUUCGCUCUGACAGCGAACAUCUUUAGGAAGUUCUUGCGCAGUGUGCGGCCUGACCGUGACCGGCUCCUCAAGGAGAAGCCAGGCUGGGUGACACCAAUGGUCUCUGAGCCCCGAGUGGGACGUUCCCAGAAGGUCAAGAAGCGGAGCCAUUCCAAGGGCUCUGGACAUUUCCCCUUCCCAAGCACAGGGGAGCCCAGGCAAGGGGAAAACCCCUCAAGCAGCCCCAAGACCAUGGAGCCCUCGCCCUCGGGCUUUGACAUUAACACAGCUGUUUGGGUCUGAAUCCUAAAGACAGAAAAUUGGUUGAACUUAAAAGGGUAGUCUCAUUGCUGAGCCCUGGGGAAGAGGGAGGGCAGGUGGCAUGGCUUUCAGAAGCCCAAAUCCAAGUUCCUUCACCCAGAAGGGAGGGAGAAGCCAGAGUUCUCAGGCAGGGCUGACCAAGACACACAGGGCUGGCUAGUGGAGGAGGUAAGAGUUUCUGGAGAGAGAGUAUGUGUGUGCAUGGGAAAAAGUGAGUGUUGUGCUCGCUUUGGGGCUGGAGGCCAAGUAAGGGACUGGUAGAGAGGGGACCAGCAAAUACCUCUGACAUUCCUGGACUGCCCUCAAAGACCUCACUGAACAUUUUGUGUGAAAAAUGGCUCUGGGCCUCAGCUUCCCCAGAGAGGCCUCCCAUAAAGACCCAUCUCUGAUACCCUCAACCUUAUAACUUUACAUUUCUGGCAAGGCACUUAUGCAGGCCCUGUAUUGAAGCCCAGCCCUCCAGGGUGGGUGGAGCACCCCAGCCCUUCCUGUUGCCUUGGAAAUUUCAGCCCACCCCUGGAUCUUGAAACAUGGGAUGAACAAGGGCAGUGUGGGAAACCCUGAACACUCCUGGUCUUCUGGAAAGCACAAGGUAGGCGUGACCCAUUCUCCAUCCUGGAUAUGCUACCUGUCCCAAGAUCACAGGAGGUAGACCAGGCCAGGCCCACUGCAGGGUAGUCUGUGGACCCUGGAGUUAUACACACUGCCCCCCAGCAGCUCUGAGAGCCCCCAUCCCAACACUGACUCCUGUGCUUAACUCCCUUGCAGGGCAGAAGAUGUGAACUCAACAGUGAGGUGAGGGCGAGCCCAGCAUAAAUGCUAGCCCUAUCCUUUGGCUCCUCUGUGCUGGGCACAGUGAGGGGGCCAGGGCGGGACCAGGCUCUCCCAAAGCCGAUGGAGGUACCUGGUUGCAGUGAUCUGGCAUGCAGAUCCAGGACUGGGGAGGGCCCACCUUGGCCAGCCCUGACCCGAGGGAGAGGACAGUGUGGGCUCCUGCUCAGGCCAAAUCUGCCCAGGAAGUCACCCUUGCUUCUCCUCCUCCCCCUCCCACAGACCAUAGCUUAGCCUGACAGGGUGUGACAGUGGCAUGCUGCCUUCCCCACCACCCCCCGGGCUUUAAGAGACAAUUGAAGAAAAGUAACAAGAAAGUCUCUUCUGCCUGCAGCCUGGACCCCCAGGGGGUGAAGAUGAAGGGAGUGGGCUUAGAGACCAGUUGGGAGCCAGGAUGCAGUAGUCAUGGUUAGGCUCAUCCGCAAGUUCCCAUGCAGUCAAAUGGGAGAUGGUUAGGUUGGGGUGGAGUAAGCUAUCUAGGGAAUGAAAGGCCCAUUUUUUUUGAGCGGUUGCUAUUUGCCUGGCAGUGUGCACAGCAAAAGCUUAGAAGAAAUUAUUUCCCACAUACAUCAGUGGAAGCUCUUAGGAGGCCAGGGAUCAUGCAUGGUGCACAGAUCAGGCUGCUAGCAAGUGAAAGAACAGACUGGAAUCAGAACUAUCUGGUUCCCAAGCCCCUGCCCUUUUGGGUCUGCCUCUGCCUGGAGUUUGCCAGUUGAACCAGCUCUUUAUGUGCCCGUCCUUGUCCAUUCUGUGUUGUCUUCCCAAGAACUCUGACAUUUCAGUCUGUGUGAGGGGAUGUUGACAGUGGCAGUCUCUGGUAGUGGUGGUUAUGUAUGUGAUGCAUUUGAAGAGUUCACACACUGAUUUCCUGAGUUGAGGGGGCCACCCAGCAAAUUAUUUAAGAUGUCACCAGCAGAGUCUGGAAUGAUUCUAUAGGAAACUAAGCCACCUCUUGGCCAUUCAUCUGCAACCAUCAGUUUCAUGGACUGGCCAUAGUUCAGGUCAACUGAAGAACUCCUCCCAGGGCCUGGCAUUGUGAUAGAAACGGAGAAUGGAAAUGAAGACGCGAGAUGGAAAAGGACCCAGCUGCUGACCUCAAGGGGCUACAGUGGAAAAGAAAUAAGCAGACUCUUGACCAUCAACUAGCCAGCAGUCAUGAGACUGAAGACUCAUUUAACUUGGGCCAGAAAAAAAUAACUAGACAGAGACACCUGCCGCCAACAUAAUUCACAGGUGCCAGGAACCUUCAACAUGUGUUCUUAUUUCCUUUCACUACACUCUUAGAAGUGCUUGUUGUACUCUUAUUUUACAUGGAUAGGCUCAGAGAAGUUAACAACUUGUCCAAGAUUACACAGUGUGGGGCCAGGAUUGACAGUUUCCACUGAAGUUUCCAAUCUUGUGCUUUUCACAUUACCUGACAAACUGUAUUUGCGCCACAGCCAAAUCAAGAACAACAAAACCUGUCUUCCUCAUAGCUAAUAAAUAUCAGGCUGACUGUCUGAUGGAAGGAUUUUGCCUGGGUCUUGAAGGGUCUGAUGUAAUAUCCCACCAUGUCAUGAUUUACUGAUGGAAGAUUAUGGCAAUUAGUUUAUUUUCCUGUAAUUUUUACUUUUCUGACCCCCACCCCUGGGCUCCUGACAAUGAUGGUGGAUAUCUGUUUUACUGAAGCUGUGUGAGGAGGUGAAUGGGAAGACACAGAGUGCAAGCAGAGCAGGAAGCAGUGUGGUUCUUGGAGGGCAGUGAAAGUAGGAAGAGAGUGACAGCUUAAUUCUGCUUCUGGGCUCAUUUGAUGGUUAAUUAGGACAUGCAAAUGAGCUGGAAGCUCAGUUAAUAUCCUCCCUGGUGUGCAGGCCUGCCCCACACCUGGCUCAUUUCCCUGCAGGU